UGGCGGUGUUCGGGGGGGGGGGGGAAAGUUGGGGAGGCGGGCACGGAAGAGGGCUCGGAGACACCGCCUCCACCCUCCGGAGCCCCGUCACUUGGUUAGGCCGUUGCUCGUUAGGUGAGGUGAAGUCAAGUUGUGAAGAGAAGUUGUGAAGAGGUGGUGUUGAGGCUCUGUGUCUCGUCGUGGCCCAGCGGUGGCAGGAACAAAAAAUGACCUUAAAUUAUCGCAAGGUGCUGACCGCCAUUAAUGGUGAACUUGUCCAAAGGGACCUGCAAGGUUUGCGCUUUCUCUGCAAGGACAUGAUUUCAUCGUCAUUACUUGAGAAUGCUUCAGCCUUACAGAUAUUCGAUUUGCUGGAGAAGCGUGAUAAACUAAGCAAAAACGACACUACUCUGCUGGCGGAACUGCUGUACCACCUGCAACGCAAGGACCUGUUGAAGAAGUUCAACCUCGCCGAGAAUUUGCAACAAGAGCGGGGGUACAUAAGUGACUUCAGGCUCUUGCUUUACACGCUGGCCAACAAUUUAACAAUCACAAAUUACCAGGAGCUUGUGUUCUAUUUUGCAAUUCCUCGAUCAAGAUCACCAGACAACACAUGUGUCUUGCAGUGCGCAUUUGAACUGUUUGUGGAGCUAGAGAAACGGGCCACUAUUUGCUCCGAAAAUGUGUUGAAGCUGAAAGAAGGUUUGGAGUCCCUGCUGCGCAAUGACCUUGUCAAAAGAAUCGACAAAUAUACACAAAUUCAAGAGAAGUCGCGAGAACAACAAUCACACAGCCGUCUGACACCGUUUGGAUGCAAUGAACAGGCAUCUUGGCCAUAUCCCGGUCCCUACUUGCAAGAGAGCAUGGAUCCUUCGUCUGGUUAUGAGGGUGAGGAGUCAUCACGGAUGUCUCAGGAUGCUGUUCGUGAAGGACCACAAGACCUGAUUAUCCACCAAGUUUCACCGCCAGCACAAAGAGACCACAUGGAUGACCCAACAACUUUUUCCACGGAUCUUCCUGCCUAUCCAGUCAAAAAUAAUCCAAGGGGAAUCUGCCUUAUUAUAAACAAUGAAGAGUUUUCAUCUGAUUUCAAAACCAGCCCCAAACUAAAGAAACGGGAAGGAACGCAUAUUGAUGCAGAAAAACUUGAAAAGGUGUUUAAAUACUUGGGAUUUAAAAUACUGCUACAUAACAACCUGACUGUGGGCCAGAUGAUAGAAACCCUGAUGAGCUGCAGUAAAAUGAAUCACAAAAAUCACGAUGUCUUUGUUUGCUGCAUCCUGACACAUGGAGAGAUUAACUGUGUCUUUGGAUCAGAUGGAAAGUCCCUGUUGAUCACAGAGGUGACAUCCUACUUCAAUGGCUCAGCCUGCAAAUCUUUGUUGGGCAAACCCAAACUGUUUUUUAUCCAAGCUUGCCAGGGCCACGAAAAACAGUCUGAAUGCCACCUUGCUGCAGACGCUGACAUCGAUGCAGAUGGGCCUGUGAGUCCCAUUUCCUAUUCCAUACCAGAUGAGGCUGACAUUUUGCUAGGGAUGGCCACUGUGUCUGGAUAUCUGUCGUUUCGGCACCGAAGGGAAGGCUCGUGGUAUAUCCAGACCCUCUGCAACCUCCUGGAGCAAAAGUGUAAUGGGCAAAAUGACAUUCUGGCCAUUUUAACUGAUGUGAACAGAGUCGUCGCUGAAAAAACAGCUCGUAUGAAGAACCCAUACACACACAAAAGAGAAUCGACCAAGCAGAUGCCGCAGCCCAAAUUCAGCCUGCGCAUGAAACUGUUCUUAACCCCCCCCAAUGACGACCUUUCUGUCCAAGAUCACCACCCCCCGUCUGAAUCGAAUGCUGUGGACUGGAUAUCCUGACCAAGAAUAUGGCUUUCACAUUUCCCAUUUCUCAAAUAGUCUACAUAGCUCACAUGCUCACAGUAAUAGAAUGUUAAAUACCCUAACAAUAACUUAUUGUUGGACGAAAUCAUGGAUCUACUGUUGGGUCAAAGACAUGCAAAUUUGCAUCUUUAGUGUGGACUUUGCCACUCUCACCAGAUGCGCAUUUCAGCAUGGCUUAUGCUGACGGAGAUCUUUAAAUGAACCUGAUUGGUUCAUGGGACAAUUAGGUAACCCCCACUUAACCACCUCAUUUCACAAGUGCAUUUUUCCUCGUGACAUUUUUAUCUUGAUUCAUUAACUCAUUGAAAUGUGUGAGUUUUACAUGUGCAUGUACUCUCAUGUAUAUUUUUUAAAAUUAUGUUAAGGGUAUGGGUUUUCAUUUAUAUAUUGCUUAAAUACCACAAUCCCAGAGUGUGUUACAUGAAAACACAGUCCACCUAACCAUAAGGACAAUAAUGGCAAACGGCAGGGAAAAUGGACACAACAAGAUGAUGACUCGGAUUAAGGGGAAAACGAUAACACGAGCAAGCACAUUGGGGCACAAGAACCACUGCAAACCCGAGCAUCGGUAACAGUUCAGCAACACUCAUAGAAUAAUGUGCCUAGCCCAAUCUCCCGUACAGGCACCCUGCUUAAUCAACAACAUCCAUCCAACCACAACAGUCGCCACAGGGCAGAUCCCGCAGCUCCCAAAGGGGCCAGAACCCCCUCCUGGAAGAGUCCCAGCCAGGUCGCCACCACUCAAGACAUCAAAUCCCCGGAAGAGUCCCGCGCACUAUCAACCACGUACAGUAGUUGGAUUGUUUCAUGUAUCUUUGCUGUAUGUACGUAUGUUAAACUUUUUUUGCACCGCACCUAUCCAACCAUGCACAUCGGAGGUACGAGGGAAGGAUUUGAAACUGCAUAGCUCUAGUGGUCUCCAAAUAUCGGAAGAGCACUGCAUAUGGCCGCAGAAGCGCAUCUGAAAGCGUGCGAUGCAGUGACCGUCUUUGUUCGAUGGCCAGCGAGGGUGACUGGAGUUUGUGUGAUGGGUUUAUACUUCUUGACGAAAUCGGCAUGGUAUUGUGGUUCAUUUGUGGCAAGCACUUUAUAAAACCAGGUUCCCAUUGAAACAUGGAUUUUAUAUUUUACCUGUGCCAAAAUAAACCUAAACCAAUGGCUCGGGGAAAGAGUUUUCCGUGCUGCUAUAACGCAGUCUCAAUAGGCCUUGGUUGACCUCCCGGCCACUUAUAGCGCAAUAUUGCCACGUGACUUUUGGACUGCGACGUCAUACGCACUGCUGUGUGGACUGAUAAACACUUAGAUUAUGUAUAUUUUUAUAGUGCGAACUGUAUCUUGUGCUAUGAAGAUUAACACAAGCUGCCUGAAUUAAUAGCACAAACUUAGAAUUGAAUAUGAAAACAGUGGGACAUGUUGGUAGUGAGUGUGUUAACUACCAAGUCAGCUGGCACAUGAACACAAUAUCAAGUUCGCCAUCUGCGGUUAAAUAAUUAAAAUCCAUGAUCUUGAAACGAAAAUAAUCUCCCCUUGGGCGUACAUCUGCCAUGCUAUUUCAUUGUGCAUCUCACUGGCAUGAAUUGUGACAGUGGAAAGGCUCGAUGUAAAACCACAAAUAGAAGCCACCCAUUUGGAAGCAAGUGUUUUGGAGAGGCAGGAGCCUCCCGAAACGGCCAACUAGUAAGGGUUGUCACGUAAACAGAACAUGCCAAUUCGUCACUCGUACAGCACGCCGGUGUGUUGGAGAGCCAAGCCACAACAUUUACAAUCGGAGUACGACGUUUCGCCAGUAAUUACAACUAGUGAAUUGUCUUAUCUUUGCCAAACCGUGCUGAUAAAUAUCGGCUCCAUUCUGGAACGAGCUUGUGAUUUUUAUACAGCGAUUGACAAAUAUUACAUGUAGCCAGUUACGAGUAGUAUGCGUGGUAAUGUUUAAACGGAAAACAAAUUUCAGAUCAAUCUCAGGCUUAAUACUUUGCAAUGAGCAAGGACGAACUGUACAGCGAUGUGUGUACUCGUGUCCCCAAAGAGAAUCACAACCAGCCUUAAUCGAUUUAUUUUGUCCUUAGCGACAGUUUGUGGAAUUUAAUAUAAUGCGACCUUUUAAAGAUAGCUUUUAUACCUAAUGUGAUCAAAUAGAUACCUUUUGAAAUUAAACAUGUUAAAAACGUAAUAAUUAUAAAAAGGUGUAUUUUGGAACAUGAAAUUAAACAAUGCAUGGCGAUGUUCGCGAUAGUUA